GGGCGACGUGGGGCAGACGAUGGCGCGCAUCUUGCUUGCCAUUCGGAUGGCAGGUGAUCAAUUACAGCGCCAAGCGAUCCACAAUGCUUGACGCCUCGCGUUAUCCCCACCAGCCUCUGUAGCCCUCUGGCUUAAGCCCCCCCAGCUCAAGGGCUCGAUGGGCGCGCCCAGACGCUAUGCGCGGGCGGGCCGCGCCGCCCUGGGGCCAUACUCGUCCGUGCCGCCCGCGUGGCGUCCCCGCUAUUUCCUUCUCGCCAGGCGAUGGACGUUGGUUCCGCGCCUGCGUCGUCUCCGUCUCGCUGGCAGGGCAGCAGGCGGAGGUGGAGUGGUUGAUAGCGCCGCCCGACAUCAAGUGCGGCCAGGAAGUCGAAUACCUCGGCGCCGCCGUCGGCACGAGCGAGUCGGGCGCCUCGUUGCCGCUGCGGGCUAUACGCCCGGGCAGCGACAGCGACCGGCCCUGCUCCUGGGCGGCAAUCGGGGAGGCGUGCUGGCCACAGGCCGUGGCGUCAGUGGACGCGCUCGCGAGGAGCUUCCGAGAGCUGCGGGAGCUUUGCGAGGCGCUGUCCAAGGGCGCGCAGCAGGGCGAGCCCCACGAGGACGCGGCCGUCAAGGCUUUGGAGGGCAAGCGCUCGGCGCUGGCCGCUGUGUGCGGGCAGGUGGAGCAAGCCGCAGACGCAGAUAUGUCCAAAGGUCAGCAGUCGCUUUCUCCUGAGCAGGAGGCCGCGGCGCAGUCGCUGGAGGGCGAGUUCGCCCAGCUCUCCGGGCGAGCCGGCGAGAUCGAGCAGGAUCGGCAGGGUUUGCUGGCCAGGCUGCGGGCACUCGACGCCGAGGCGCAGGCCAACAAGGCCGCGCUGUCCAAGUGCGAGCAGGGCCUGCGGGCGCUCGGGCGCAGCCCAGCGGCGACCCUUGCGCGGCCCGUCCUCGGUUCGCCCGAGGAAAGGCAGUCGCUCCUGCGCGAGGUUCCGGCCUGGCAGAGGGCGCCCUCCCCCCCCCCCCCGUUUUCCUCUUUCCCCCCCGUCUCCCAUUUUCCAUCCCCUCCCCCUCCCCCAUCUCCCCCGCCGACCCCC